CAUACAUCUUUAAACCUCUCACCUAUUCCUCACAAGGUUGUACGCAUUUAUCAAACCAAUUUCUCUUUAAUAUUUUGUCAAUGGAGGAGACAACCAAACCUCCACAACCGUCACUCUCCUUACCAUGGAAAACACGCAUUCAUCUUUCCUUUUUCUCCGUCGUCACGGACGCAUGUUGCCGGAAAAAUGGCACUGUCAACCGUCGUCUUCUUAACUUACUCGACUUCCGAAUUCCGCCAACCUCAGAACCAGUCAACGGCGUAGCAUCACACGACGUGGUUGUAGAUGAGACUCGUAACCUCUGGUUCCGUGUUUACGCACCUACACAACACGCAGGUGAAGAUCUCCCGGUGAUCGUGUUCUUUCACGGAGGUGGAUUCGCCUUUCUCUCCCCUGAUGUCAUGCCAUACGAUGCUGUGUGCCAUCGAUUCGCGAGAACAGUUCCGGCCAUCGUUGUUUCUGUAAACUACCGGCUUACUCCUGAGCAUCGGUAUCCGGCGCAACAUGAUGACUGCUUCGAUGUGCUUAAGUUUCUUGAUGAUGAAGAGAACAAGUCUAAAUCGUUGCCGGAAAAUGCGAAUCUGUUACGUUGCUUUCUUGUUGGAGAUAGCGCCGGUGGAAACUUAGCUCAUCAUGUUGCUCAACGAGCCUGUGAAUUCAACUUCCGACGACUCAAGGUGAUCGGAGUUGUAGCAAUUCAACCAUUCUUUGGGGGCGAGGAGGGGACGGAUUCCGAGACCCGACUCGAUGGAACACCGAUUAUUUCGAAAAAGCGAACAGAUUGGUUUUGGAAGGCGUUUUUGCCAGAAGGAGAAGGGUUCAAUCGGGACCACCCAAUCAGCAACGUUAGCGGCCCAAACGCGGUGGACAUAUCAAAACUAGACUUUCCGGCGACUAUGGUGGUGGUGGCGGGAUUCGACGCCUUAUAUGACUGGCAAAAAAGGUACUACGAGUGGCUGAAAAAGUCAGGGAAAGAAGUGUACUUGUUUGAGUAUCCAAACAUGUGUCAUGCUUUCUAUCUCUAUCCUGAAUUGCCUGAAUCUGGACAAGUUCUUGCCCAAGUGAAAGAUUUCGUUCACACAGUAUCGAGUAAUGUUGCCACUAAAUUCACAAAUUAAAACCUUGGCUAAUAAUUCGUUUUAUUACGUAUGCAUUAUUAGUUGUACCAAACUCUUAUUAUAUCGAAUGAUUUUGGCCCGGUGGUUCAUUGGUUGGUCUACAG